AAGGGUGGCAUCUGGGAGCUGCAGCCGGCGAUGGAUUUAUCCAUCCUCCCCAGUGCUGAAACCUAUCCUACCUACUUCUUCAACAGCACUUUGCAAGAUUUCAGCUCGGAUUCUCUCGCUAUGGCCAAUGACACGAGGCCAUAUGCCAUGAAGAACACCAGUUCGAUCAUCAUCGCUAUCGCUAUCACGGCCCUGUAUUCGGUGGUCUGCGUGGUGGGUCUGCUGGGAAAUAUCUUGGUCAUUUAUGGCAUUGUGAGGUACACCAAGAUGAAAACAGCUACCAACAUCUACAUCUUCAACCUAGCUCUGGCUGAUACUUUGGCAACCAGCACACUGCCUUUUCAAAGUGCAAAAUAUCUUAUGUCCACCUGGCCAUUUGGGGAGCUGCUCUGCAAGGUGGUCCUCUCUAUCGAUUACUAUAACAUGUUCACCAGUAUCUUUACCCUCACCAUGAUGAGUGUGGACCGGUACAUAGCUGUCUGCUACCCAGUCAAAGCCUUGGAUUUCCGGACCCCAGCUAAAGCCAAGAUUAUUAACGUUUGCAUCUGGGUGCUCUCUUCAGUUAUUGGAGUGCCCAUAAUGAUAAUGGCUAUCACCACAUCAAAAGAUGGGGUUGUGAUGUGUAUCCUCCAUUUUCCCGAGCCUCAUAUUUACUGGGACACAGUCACCAAGAUAUGUGUCUUCAUCUUUGCAUUCCUGCUCCCAAUCUUGGUCAUUAGUAUCUGCUACGGGCUCAUGAUCCUCCGUCUGAAAAGCGUCCGCCUCCUCUCAGGCUCUAAGGAGAAGGACCGUAACCUGCGCCGUAUAACACGUAUGGUGCUGGUGGUAGUAGCUGCCUUCAUUAUCUGUUGGACACCCAUCCAAAUUUUUGUCAUUGUUUGGACACUGGUAAGCAUCGACAAGAAUAAUCCCUAUGUGGAGGCCAGUCUGCAUUUCUGUAUUGCCCUAGGUUAUACCAACAGCAGUCUUAACCCGAUCCUAUAUGCUUUCUUCGAUGAAAAUUUCAAGAGGUGCUUUCGGGAGUUCUGCUUUCCCUUUCGGUCACGAAUGGAACAGAACAGUUUCAACAGGGCUCGGAACACCACCCGGGAACGUAUCUCCACCUGCACUCCUUCCGAAGUCCUCAAUAAAUCAGGAUGACUAUACAUAGAGAGCCGCAGAAAGGACUCCCAGGGACAUAGAGGGGAUGAACUGCAGUCAGAGGUGACUCAGGUCACCACCACAGAAUUUUAGUAGAAAUUGUAGGGAUGAGCCAUUGUGGGAAAAGGGGCAAAUUAUUUACAUUUCAGACUUUUCAGCAAAACUGCAGAUGCUUUUUUGCCCCAUGGACAAUGAGC